UCAGUGCACGGCGAGCUAGCUAUCCUACAGUACAAAAUGAUCAAGUUCAACCUGCAGCAGCAGCCAGGUGGCAGGGUGCGAGACGAGCAGCAACCCUCCGUCUUCUCCAUCUCGACGCUGGACCCUGCCCAACUCAAAGGGUUCCACUGCCAGGACGGCUGGCAGUGCGAGGCGUGCGCGCUCUCGGCCUCGGUCGUCACUCUGCCCCAUGCCGCCGACGCUGCCGCCGCCGCCGCCAACGACACAGACAACACCAGACGCUGUCCCGCCAUGAAGCUGCCGCUCAAGCUGAUCAUCGACCUCCUCUGCAUCGCCUCAGUGCUGCUGCUGCUGCUGGUGAUCGAGACGGGAUGGCUGCCCGGCGCCAAGACGGGAUUCUUCUGCCAGGACAGCAGCAUCGCGCACAAAUUCACCGGCGACACCAUCUCGCUCAAUGUCCUGCUCGGCGUCGCCUUCGUCGCGCCGGUCAUCGCGGUUUUCUCGAUUGAGUCUGGUUGCGGCCUGUGCUCCGGGGCGCCGGACGAGGGGCCGCGGCUGCUGCGCAUCUGGCGGCACACGUGGGUGUGGUACCGCGAGUACCUGCUCGGCCUCGGCAUGGUCAUCCUGGCCACCGAGCUGGCCAAAAUCAUGGUCAGCGAGCCGCGGCCGCACUUUCUGCACACCUGCAAGCCGGACGCCAUGGCUAACGGCCUCGAGCACUGCAAACUCCUCGCCGCCGACACGCAAGGGUACAUAGAAGAAUUCAACUGCACCAACACAGAAGUGAGCGACUACAGGUUGCGCGACUCGAUCAAGUCUUUCCCGUCGGGCCACGCGUCCGUCUCGGUGUUCACCGCCUACUUCCUCAUUUGUUUCCUUCAACGGCGGUUGGCUGGAUUGCCGAGGAAGAGUCCGUCGCAGUUCUUGAAGCCGUGGCUGCAGUGCGUCUGCAUGACGUGGGCCCUGCUGUGCGCCCUCUCCAGGGUCAAUGACCACCGACACCACGCACACGACGUCAUCGCUGGCUCCAUCUUGGGCGCCAUCUUCGGAAUGAUAACCGCUCGUUUCUUCUGCGGCGACUUUUGGCCGGGCCAGUGCGCGGUGCGGCUGAACCAGGACGCGGGGAGCGAGGGGGCGUCGUCGGGCAGCACUGCGGUCGGCUCGCUGGACGAACGCAACAGCAACGGACUGAAGACGCAGCACCAACACCCGUCGGUGCGGCGGCUGCUGUCGUCCACGUCGUCCUACUCGGGCUCCGUCAGCGCCGACGAGCUGCGCGAAGUCAGAUGAGCCGGUGGCGCCACCGGAAAUACGCAUAUAUACCGCAGCAGUCUGUGAUCAGAGCAGUGUAUUUAUUGCUUAUGCAUGCGCGCGGGAAUAUUUGAAUUUCCAGAAUUCCCCUCCCGCGCGCGUGCGAGAACACAAAAAUGUUUAUUGUUAAGUGGGAGAAGUGACGGCGACGCAAUUUCCAAAGUACAACGCACCGCGACGGUUAAUAUAUAUUAUCAAAGCAGAGAUGUAUUUUUUGUAAACGUUUACGGAAGUCGGUGCGAAAGUCGAUUAUUCGAUCGCGUCGCUGUUGACUAAAGUGAAUAAAGAAAGUCGGUCGGCCAUGUUGUCUGGGCGAAAAAAUCAGGUUCUGAAGAUGUCAAAAACUUGAGAAUUUGGCAGGUUUACUUCAUGCUUUUUCGCGCGAAUGUCUGGACGUCUGGUCACGUGACGCGGGCGACGCGCUGGUUGGUUAAUGGUCACGCCCACUUUUUCAGCUACAAAACAACAAAAAUUCUUGGCAUAGCGCUGAAACUUCGCGCAGCAAAACAAACUGAAAAUUUGUUUGUUUUUGUUGUGGUCUGAAAAGUGGGCGUGGCCAGCAACCAAUCAGCGCGCUUGCCUGCGUAACGUGAGAUAAAUUCGCCGAUAUUUCUCGAAAUCUGUCGCUUUCUUAAUUCACUUUGCUGUUGACCAGUAUUAUAAGUAUUAAAAUAAUAGUUAUAUUAUGGAUUGUGUGUUCGAAUGAUAGAAUUAAUUAAUAAGACCGCAAAAAUCAGAUUCUUGCGCAAACAUGGCCGUCGACAACGCCAUUUAUUGGAUCGCUCUGCGCAUAAAAACAAUUAUUAUUUAUCUUCAGCUGCAGCUGCUUUGAAGACGAUACAAUUAUCCUGAAAAAAUUGACUCUCUAAAAAUUUCAAAGUCUGCGUAAAAUAACCCUCUCUGUAUACCUCAACGAAUUAUUCAGGUCGAAUUUAUAUAUAUUUACUACAUACACUGUUGAAAGACAAAACAAAAACGGGGCCAACUCGAACCAUCCGCUGAUUGAAUUGAUGAACAAGUGUGAUUACUUAAAGGCGCCAAAGGAAAUUAACAAAAAAUAAAACUAGCGUUGCGUAAAUUGAUAUA